AAUCAGUAGCAGAGGAGACAUGAUUCCAAAAUUGAUCCUUUGUAUCCUUUCGUUUGAAAUUUUGCAAUUGAUUUGUAUAGUUGAUAAUAAAAUCCAUUUUAAAAGUACUGUAAAUGAGCUUAAUUAUUCAUUAAAUUCUGAUAAAAAUAUCCUGAGAACGAAUGAGACAGCUAAAUUUUUUGUGAUUGGUAAUAAUUCAACGGUAAUUCUUAUGUACGGCGAUAAUAUUACCGAAACAUUUCAUUUGUCGUGUUCAACUGGACAUGUUUUUAAUCAUUCGUAUUCCCUUGCCGGUAAUUUUAAAGUUCAAGCCAUUUUUAAGACUUCUAACAACAUUUCUGCAAUAUUAAAUUUAACUUAUGAGGUAAUCGUUCAGAAUGCAAUUGAAGAGAUUGAAAUAAUUCAAUCUGAACGUUUCACUUUUAAUAAAGAUAUCUACAAAUUUUGGUUAGAGGCGAAUACUAAUUCAAUUGGACCUAGCGAUGUGUUUUGUUCCUGGAAUUUAUCAACGAAUUUUGCAGUGGCGGAAAUUAGAUUUCUUCCGGAGCUUUCUAUAAAAAAACGUACAGAAUUAUUAUUACAUAAUUUAACUAGGAGAGAUGUUGGUAAAAACAUUAAUCUCCAUCUUUCCUGCUGGAACUUAGUUAGUUCUAUGACAACUAAUCACACCUUCUCAAUUUUCGAAGAAAUAUCAAAUUUGACCCUACUAUCUACCGCCUAUAAUAUUAUGCCAGUGGUAGAGUUCCACUUGAAUAUAACUAUGCAAAAAGGCUCGAAUGUCACAUUCGUAAUUGACUUUAAUGAUACUACUCGAAUAGAGGUAGAGCAUCCUCUAAUAUUCGCUUCAGAGACGCCUCUAACUCUCUCUAAGUUUUAUAACGAAACCGGAAAUUAUACAGUUGUUGUGGAGGCUAAAAAUCCAAUUAGCAAAGGUCAAGUAAGGGUUGCGAUAGUCGUUCAAAAUAGAAUAAAACUUGUAAAUAUUAUUUGCAAGGAUACAAUAUACUGGCCACCAGGAAAUCUUAACUAUUCUUUGGAAUUGGAUAAAGAACAAGAAAUAUUGGAAGAUAUUUCUUGCAAUAUACAAUUUAGCAACGGCAUGUCAAAAUAUAUCUUCGUCAAAAUUUGGCCUAGGGACAGAAAUUUCAACUUUGGACAAACUCUUCCUAAAUCCUCUCUAGGCAUUUUAAACAUGAUAACGAAUUGUUCUAAUACUGUUUCGGAGGUUAUUUCUAAAGCUAAAGUAUUAGUGAGAUUGGAUGUGGUUAUUAUACGUUCUAUAAUAAUCGUUGAACCAAUUUUGGUUUUCAAUUUAACAACAUUUAUUUUAGAGAUGGAUAAUAUUGGGGAUAGGGGUUGCUUACAUAUACAAUUCGGUAAUACAUUAGACGAAAGAACGUUCGGAUUGGAUGAAUUAUGCGAGGAUUAUUCGAAGGAUAAACUUCUUAAUUUCACUAAAAUCAGUAAAAACGAUAAACUAAUAAGAUUUCAGUAUCGUUACGAAAACGAAGGCGUUUAUUAUAUAGCUAUUCGCGCUUUUAAUCAUUUAGGUAGUGACUUGGUUUUUAAGAAAUUUGAGGUUAAAAACUGGUACUGCUUUCCUCCUAAAAUAAACGUCAAUAAAUACUUUCUCUCUCAGCCUGAUCUAUUCAAAACUGAUCAUUUGGAACUAUUCGUUAAUUUAACUGUAUUCUGUUCAAAAACUAGUAAAAUUGAUUAUUAUUGGAAACUUGUAUAUUUAGAUACGAAUACAACUAUUAGAGAAGGCUUUAAUGAAACCUUAUUGUGCAAAGCUUUCUCUCUAAAUUACGGACAUUAUGCAGCAUUUUUCAGCGCUAGUAUGAAUAAAGUAGAAGAAACAACAGCAAAUGCUUCAAUAUAUUUUCAAAUAGUACAUCUACCCUUAAAUGUUUCAGUUGAAGGCGGAAGUGUUAUCAAUGUUAAUUAUUCUGAUAAUGUUACCUUUAAAGCCCUAGUAAAAUCCGAUAAUAUGGAUGAAAUAAGCUUUGAAUGGUUUUGUAAGCUUUCCCACGAACAAGAUAAUAUAACUAACAAAUUGACAUACAUCAAUUAUCCACCUAACAUAACCAACGACUAUUUAAAGAGUGGAGGAUGUUUUGGGACAGGGCCUGGAAAGUUACCAGUCACUGCUAAUCAAUUUACGUUAAAUACCGCAUAUUUAGAUACAAAACAAAGAUUUCUAAUUAGAGUUCGAGUUAGCUCCCCUUCGGCGUUCGUGGAUUCAGUACAGGAAUUAAUUAUUGAAACUGGUAUUCCAGUUGUCAAUGUAAUAUGUAUGGAAAAUUGCGGUAAAAAGUCAGCUAUAAGAUUACCAAUGGUAUUUGCUGUUGAUUGCCUGCAACAUUGUUCAACUAUGUUUGAUGAAGUUUACUAUAAAUGGCGAUUAUUUGAAGAAUAUUCAGGAGGAAAAAUAGAAAUUGACCUUCAAUCAAAAUUGCACAUAUCGACGACUACUACAUCGAAGAGGAUAGAAAUAUUGGAAAAUUCUUUAAAGGAAGGAGUAUGGCAUUACUUAGAAGUUGAAGGACGAUUUCUUAAUAAAACUACAAAGUUUGAGAAAAAAUUCCUUCGAAAUAAAAGGCCUUUUGGGGGAAGUUGCAAUUGCGAACCUAGAAGUGGUUUUGCUUCCAUCACAAAUUUUAUGAUAAGUUGUCAAGGUUGGUUGGAAUACGACAAGAGGGAAGGAAGUUUGGGUUUGAAAUACGAAUAUAAAGCAAGACCCAAAGGAACAGAUAAAUCUUUUCUUUUAUUUUUUUCCUACAACCAGGAAUCUGUACCUUUGAUGCUACCGGUUGGGAAUCCGGAUAAGAAUUUUUUGACUGAAGCUGUAAUAACCGUUAGGGAUUCCGUAGGGGAUCAAACGGAGUUUCUUUAUGAUGUUGAAGUCACUGUUCCCAAUCUUCCGGAAGAGGAGUUGCUAAAUGAAACGAUGAAUAUUAUGACUAGUAAUGAUAUUACUGAUAAAAUAAAAAACGGCAGUUUUAGUCAAGUAGCUUCCAGCGUUUUCUCGGUAACUUCGAUUUUAAACGUAAAUUUAACGUCUAACUCUUCGAAAACUGAUGAUCAACCUACAAGAAAGGAUAACGAAUGCAAAGGAAGACAGAGAAGGAUGAAUUUAAGAGGAAUUAUGGUUAAUCAUACAAAAAAAAUCCCUUUUAAUACAGCUGACGAGAUGCAGCAAAAUAAUGGUCUAAUAGAUUCUUUAGCAUCCAAGCCAAAUGAAGUCGAUAUUCAAACUCAAAAUGAUCUUAGUACUCAACUAACCAAUUUAAAUUCAGCUUUAAAUAAUAAUAGAGGGAGAAUUGGGAGACAAGUUACGGAAGACUUGUCGGUUAGCCUUAUUCAAAGCGGAAUUCGUAUUGCCUCGGCCGCGAAUUCACAUAAUCAAGAGGUUAAAAGUUAUUUAAAGGGCAGUAAGAAUAGUUGUUUUUCAACAAUUAAUAAUCUAGGUCCCACUGAAACUCCACCAGAGCCGGAAGUUAUGCUAAAUGAUACACAAACUCAAGUUGGUGUCGUUAUGAGAGAGGUAGUCGCCGUUAUACACAACGUUAGUGAUGAGUUACUAGACGAUAAAAGAGUUGGGGAUGGUGCAACGAAAAUAUCUUUGGAGGAUAUAACUCUAGAGUUAGAAAGAAAUAACUGGAAAAAUAUGAGCAACCAGACGUAUUCCGCUCGCCAUAGUUUCAUAGAAAUUCCAUCAAUCAAUAAAAUGAUGGAUAUUAAUGAUGAUGAUUGUAUUAAGAGAAUGCUACUUGUGUCUACUAUUAACCCUUAUAUAUGGGAUGCUAGUGCCGAUCGCGUUAAAUCGAGCGUUGCAGAAUUUCGAUUAGAAUCGUGUAAAAGUUCCAAAAAAGAGGAUAAUAAAAAACUGAAAGAAACAUUAAAUGAGCCCUAUGCUUUAACAAUGGAUAUUACGAAGCCUAAAUCGGAAUCUAUAGAAUCAAAAGUGAAAGUUAUACAUUCUAUAAACGUUACACAAUCCGGGAUACCUUUAAUUUUAACCUUUGAACCACUGAAAGGAAAUUUAACUGUAUCAUUUACAGCAGGAAAUUUAACAAAUGCCACCUAUCGGAAUUUUUCAAUACCUCAAAAUAUAUCUUGUACAAAACAGAUGAAUGAAAAGUAUUGUUACGAAUAUCUAAGAACAUUAGUUAUUGAUCAGAAUGAUAACACAACGUUUUACUUUAUUGUUGAUUCAGAUUUAGAGAUAAUUAAUUAUAACGUAACAAUAUUUAAUGCCUCCUGCAAUAUCUGGAAUGGUAACACUUGGCAUUCAGACCCUACUGUAUGUAAUAUCGAUAAAGGAAGUACACCAUCAACAACCCGCUUCAAGAGUAAUAUAUUUGGCAGCUUAGGGGCUGGUUUAGAUAUUAAACCUAAUUUAAUUGAUUUUGAUACAGUGUUCUUAAAUUUUGGUUCAAAACUAGCCGAUAACGCAGCGGUUUUUUCAACAAUUUGUUGUUUAAUUGUAUUAUUAAUACCAUUAGUCAUUUUGGCUCGAAGAUUAGAUAUUAGAGAUGAAAUUUCUUGGAAACCUAUAUCUCUAAUUGGCAAUCAGGAAAGAGACUCUAAUAGAUACGAAAUUCAUGUAUUUACUGGUAAAACGAUAAUAAAAUCUUCAAAUCUACGAAUUUAUAUAACGUUAUACGGUACAGAAGGUAAUUCGGGUCAAAGAAUCCUAUCAGAAGAUGAUUAUAGGGUUGAGUCGGAUACAUGUAGUUCUUUUAUGCUUACAACGCCGAACUAUCUUGGCCAAUUGGUUUGUCUAAAAAUCGGAACAGUUGAACCAUUCCCUUCGAAUACUAAACUAUACCUGUCCAAGAUAAUCAUUAUUCACUGUUCGACAAAUAAUUGGUCUCUUUUUACCCAUGAAGAUUGGUUAUCCUUUGCUGGUUUGAUUAAUGAAGAACUUUUAUUAGCAGAAUUUGAAAAAUUCGAAUACGAUCUUUCAACUCUAUUGAUAAGAAAUACCAAAAGAAGAUUUGCUGAUGAUCAUCUUUGGCUAUCAAUUGGAACAAAGAGAAUAAGAUCAAUUUUCACAAGACUACAAAGAUUAAUAACUUGUUUCGUUGCUCUCUUUUUGUCUAUGAUUGCUAGUUGUAUGUUUUAUAGGAACUCGGAAACGAGUCCUAAACAAAGCGCUUUUACUAUUGGACCAUACUCAUUCACGGUGAAUGAAGUAUAUGUAAGUUUUGCUAGUAGCAUUGUGGUUGUACCAGGUUUGAUCGUAAUUACUUCCUGCUUCAAUUCGAAGAGAAAACGAAGAUUUUGCGUAAUUUUUGGAUGGACAGUGGCAAUUGUUGCUAUUCUUUCUUCGGCAUUCUUUACCAUACUUUAUUCUAUUCAAUGGGGUAAAGAAAAAUCGGUCAAGUGGUUGGUCUCGUUUGUUUUAUCUUUCUUCGAAAGUUUUAUUCUUCUUCAACCAAUUAAAGUAUUUCUCAUUGUUAUCUUCCUUACGUUCAUUCUGAAACAAGAGAGCGAUCUUCUUCAAUACGAAACUGGAAAGGAAAAAUUGAUAAAAUUACAAAAGCAGGACCUUAAUACAGUUCCAAAAGAAUUAAAAGUUCAUUUGAAAUAUAUUCAGAUUAGGGAGCGUAAUAGAUUAAAGAAAUUAGAAAAGAAUCUUGAAAAUCGUAUGAGAAAAAUGAUCUUUGACAUCUUCAUUCAUUCAAUAUAUUUUACCUUAUUAGUAUACGUUUGCUUUUCGUCAAGGCAGGUUGAGAAUUUCUAUCAAAAUCAAGCUUUAAGUAAAUCAAUAAAUAACGUUCAAUCUAUAAAAUCACUGGAAAAUUUAAACAAAUGGCUAAGUAAUGAAGCUAUCCCUACCAUUUAUCAAGAUUAUUACUAUAAUACGGAAGAGAGAGAUGAAUACGAUAAAAAAUUUAUUCAAGAUUUAUAUCAGAUGAGAUUUUCUCCUCCUAAACUCAUUCAAGAGAGAUUCAUGUAUCAGAAAUGUAGAUUAUCAAAUAUAUUGCGAAAUCUUUAUGAAGGCAGACCUUGCAUUGGCGAUGAUAAGAAAUCUGCAAUUACUAAUUUUACUAAUUUCAUUACUAACUCCUUUCUGAAUGUGUCGGUUAUAUCUUUGGGCGAUAAUAACGAAACAGCCCAGAAAAUUUUAAGAAAUGUUAAUGAACAGUUUUGGUUCGAUAGAACAACAUCUAAGGUGAUUUUGGAGGUUAUAAUAAUGAAUAAUCUAUGGAUGUCACAAGCCAGAUGGAUAUUCGAAAGAGAUUUAUUUGGACAGAUUCUUCCAUCAAUUGAAGUGGAUUCUUUAAAAUUAUAUAGAUAUACAGGAGUGGGAGGAUUGAUAACGUUAAUAAUCGAAGGUUUUACGUUACUCAUAGGCUUAAUACAACUUUGUAAAACCGUUAUACUUGGAAUAAAACAAAGGAAAUUACCAUCAAUUUUCCUUGUGCUAUCGUUACUAACAUUUAUGACAGCUAUUGCACUUUACAUUUGGAGAACUAUUAUUGGUUUAAAAACUGUUGAAACCGUAAUGAACUCUAGAGAUAAGAUCAUUGAUUUCUCCAAGUUCUUUGCAUCUGAUAAAUAUUUUAUUCUUUUUAUAGGUCUAUCCGCCUUUUUUGCCCAAAUUCAUUUAUUAGAGAUACUAAAGAUAUCCAGAAAUAUAUCUAUAUUAGCAACGAUAUUGACAAAAACCAAAGAACUUCUUUUAAAUCUAUUAAUAUGCUAUAUUGCAUUUUUAAUUGGUUCAUCAUUUUUUGGCUUAAUAGUAUUUGGACCAAAAUUGAACAACUAUAAGACUUUGAUUGCAAGUGCUAUAUCACUAUUUCGAACUCUAUUCGGAAAAUUAUCAUUCGAUUCAAUAGAAGCAGAAUCCGGUCUGUAUGGGAAAAUCUUUAUAAUUAUCUAUGCAUUCCUAAUUCAUUAUGUAGCAACAAACUUUUUAAUAACAAUUCUAAACGAUAUACUAAAAAAAGUCAAAUCGAAAAAGACUAAAACCGGAUACGAUGAAGAAUUAUAUAAAUACAUUGGUGAAUUAUUUAACAGAUUAUUCAAAAAACCAAAAGAUACUAAAAAUUCUAAGAACAAAUAUAUUAUUAAAGAUGAACCUUUAGUACUAAUUAAACAAUUAAAAAAGGAAAAAGUUAAAGAGGAGGAUCGUUAUGACAUUCGUAAUUCAUUAACGAAUAACGAUCAUUUAAAUGAUUUAAUAAAGAGGUUAGAUGAAAUAUUAAAGUAUUUGAACAACUGUCUUAAAGUUCAAGCGGAAGGCGAAUUAAAAACUUUAUUCAUGAAACAUUCAUUGAAAAAUUGCGUUGAAGUUGAAAAUAUUCAAUUAGUUGUGAAAUGAAUAUAUUAAUUAUUUAUUAAGUUAUAGAUGUUGUUUAAUAGAAGGAAAUUCUUUUCAAAGUAUUAGUGUAUAAACUGUAUUUGAAACUGUAUCAAACUG